CACGGGCUGCGCUCCCGCCCGGGAGCCCGGAGCCGGAUCUACAAUCCCCUCCCUCCCGCUCCGGCGCUUGUUGCUCGCCCGGCCCGAGCGGGAGCUGCCGCCGCCUGGUAGCGAGGCUGCCGCGCUCUCCUCCUCGCGCCCCACCUCCCCCAGAGCUGGCCGAGGCGGGCAGCAGCCCCAACAGGAGGGAGGGGACGCGGUGUGAACGGGAGCUGCCCCCACCUUCAAGUCUUGGGGCGCACCGCAGCCGCGUGGGGAAGACAUGCGUCGCUCCCCUCUGCCCAGCCUUGCUGCCGCCGGCGCCGGGAGAGGAGGGACUGCGGAGCCCACACCUGCAAACUCGCCCUAGAAGUCUCGGGGUGCGGCGUGGGCCCCUCCUCAAUCCCCACGGCCUUCACCUCUCUGUGGGUGAGUUUGCUCAGGUGGCCUCAGCCCCUGUACGGGGACCUGUGCCAAUGACCCUAGUGGUGGUUUCGCUUUCUUCUCCCGCGGCGGUGUGAACGUGUGUCCGCAACGUGAUGGGCAACCAGGUGGAGAAACUGACCCACCUAAGUUACAAGGAAGUUCCCACGGCCGACCCGACUGGCGUGGACCGGGACGACGGGCCCCGCAUUGGGGUCUCCUACAUCUUCUCCAAUGACGAUGAGGACGUGGAGCCGCAGCCUCCUCCCCAAAGGCCCAAUGGCGGCAGCCUGCCCGACGGUGGGGACGGGCCUCCGCUCCCCCAGCCGCAGCCGUACGACCCGCGGCUGCACGAGGUGGAAUGCUCCGUGUUCUACCGCGACGAGUGCAUAUACCAGAAGAGCUUCGCGCCAGGCUCGGCGGCGCUGAGCACUUACACGCCUGAGAACCUACUCAACAAGUGCAAGCCAGGCGACCUAGUGGAGUUCGUGUCGCAGGCGCAGUACCCCCAUUGGGCGGUGUACGUGGGCAACUUCCAGGUGGUGCACCUGCACCGGCUGGAGGUGAGCAACAGCUUCCUGACAGACGCAAGCCAGGGCCGUCGGGGACGCGUGGUCAACGAUCUGUACCGCUACAAGCCGCUGAGCCCCAGCGCGGUGGUACGCAACGCGCUGGCGCACGUGGGCGCCAAGGAGCGUGAGCUGAGCUGGCGCAACUCCGAGAGCUUCGCCGCCUGGUGCCGCUAUGGCAAGCGCGAGUUCAAGAUCGGCGGCGAGCUGCGCAUUGGCAAGCAGCCCUACAGGCUGCAGAUUCAACUCUCGGCGCAGCGCAGCCACACGCUGGAGUUCCAGAGCCUGGAGGACCUGAUCAUGGAGAAGCGGCGCAACGACCAGAUCGGCCGCGCGGCCGUACUGCAGGAGCUCGCCAUGCACCUGCACCCGGCCGAGCCGGACGAGGGCGACAGCAACCUGGCUCGGACUACGCCGCCUCCCGGGCGCCCCCCUGCGCCCAGCUCCGAGGAGGAGGACGGAGAGGCGGUGGCACACUAACGGGCGGGCAAGCUGAUGGCAGAGCUGCGAAAGGGGGCUGUUCGUACCAACCGCCGCUGCCCCCUUCGUCCCUCUCUCCCUCCUUCCUUCGCUCCUCCGCCACCUUCUGGGCCCCAUCUGGGUUUCUUGGGCCCUUUGGAAAAAGGAGAGUUGGUGAAAUGCGCAGCUGACAGGGGUGGAGGAAGGGGGCAGAGGGAUCAGGUAGGAGCAUUAGAAGGAAGGUAGUUUCCUUCCGACCCCCUCGAUCUGUCGUUUCCGCGGUGGGGCAAAUUGUGGAACUGUCUGGCACUUAAUGCUUGCUGGAUCUGGGUUUAAAAUCGGCCUUUAUGCACGUAGAGUUGGAGAAAAGUUCCGAGAACCAGUGUGUACCAUUGCGUCCUCUCUGCUUUCCUCUUUACUCUGGGCUUGGAGGAUUCCUGGUACAAACUCCCUAAACGGGUUUGUGGAGUCUCCACCGCGGGCCAGCACUGAGAGCUGCUUAUCUGCUUCCCCUGCGGAGCUGGCUGUGUUUGGGAUCCGGGCGGCUGGGGUGAUUUAUUUUAUGGGAUUCCUGGGGCGCGGGGCGGGGGCAGGGCUGCUGGCAAAACCAUGAGGAGGUCUGGUAGCGGCAGACCAAAACCGAGCAGCCCCCUAUUGAGUGUAACAAAUAAGCUGAGCACAGUCGGGCUACAAACACAGACUUUGCUACCUCCCUCCUUCCCAACCCCAAGUAAUUAGUCGUUAGGAGCUGACUCUUGGCUAAGUCUCCUGCUCCACCUGCCCCUUCCCAGGUUACAAGUAAAUCAUUGUCAAGGGCCAGCCAGGGGAAGGAUUCAAUUAAGGUUUGUUCUGCUGUCUUUGUUUCUCCCCUGCUGUUGUAGGCACUUAUAGCUGCGUUGUUAUCAAUGGAGGGAAUGGCCCUUUGUGUCUCUGAUCUAAUUAAACCUGCUCAGCUGUGUUCAUCCGCAGGUCACACAUGGGAUUGGCUUGUGCCACCCCAUAAAGUAACCACUAUGGAAGCAGCCGAACAGGGCUGCCCUGGCAGGAAUUAAUCUUUCCUUCUGCUCCCCUUCCUGAAUAGUGAAGGUAACCCUUUUAAAAACAAGGCUUUGAUGGUAAUCCUGGCUUAUUUUUUUCCCCCUCUCACUGGCCCAUCCCCCUCACCCUCACCUUUGUUCUGCUGGUGGUUAAAAUCUUAGGCUUGAGACAUUUCAGUAGUAAGACUUAUUUUGCUGGCCACACUGGAUGGAACUUAAGGUGCAAAGUCUUGUACUGUAGCAGUCUCUUUAUUGCUUGGAGAACACUCCUUCAGAUCCCUUUCUUAAUUAACAUCAACCACAGAUGCCACCUGGUGUAGUCAGCACCGAAUCUGAAUUUGUUAACAGUUGAAAGCACAGGUUGGUGAUUGUGAGAUCUGUUAGCAGCAGGCUGAGCAAGAUAUUUGGUUCUGGUACUGAGCUGUUUGCUUAAUGUGACACUUUUUCCAACCUGUUUCUUCUAUUUCUGUGAGCCCUUUAAUGAUGUGUGCCCUCAAUUACAGAACAGCUUCUCUGCUGCCUGUCGCCAGUACUGUCUCAAAAGUUGUAUAAAGUUGGACAGUUUUUUUUUUUUAACCACCUCUUGGGAAUCAUAAACUACACUGUACAAGUCAUUUUGUGAUCUAAUUCUUAGCAGUUGGAAUAGAAUCACACUUGAGUGGUCCAAGACCAUGGCUGUCCUUGGGCCUCUUGCCUGGAGGUCUCUAAAUCAAGGCAAGAAGUCUUGAAGGAUUUUCUUUUAUACUUUUUUUAGACAUGGAAGUUGAGGCCAUAACUUUUGAAAGUCUGGGCCUUCAAAGCACCUCAACAUGAAACCUUUCAUUGUAAUUACAAGGGCAUUAGCUACAUUCCCUGUUUUCACAGUGGUCACCAAAUAGUUCCUGUCAUUUUGAUGGUUAAAGAUGAACCCUACUCUAGCCCUGGUCUAGGACUUCGGAGGGAAAUCAGUUUCUUGUUGGAAAUGUAGAUCUAGUUUCCAUGUUUAAUAUUCUCACAGCUCUGUGUUUAUAUUCUCUUGCUCAGGGAAAAGUGGAGCAAGAUAAACAUGGGUGAAGACAUUUAGAAGAGGCUGCUAUGCGUAACCGAUUUGGGUUUUCUUUCAUGUGUAACACAGUAGUGAAAGUUGAAAGUAAUAUCACUGUGCAGACAGGAGGGAGGAGGAACAGAGUGGUACUGUCCUGCAGCUCUGGACUAGCCAGGUCACUUUUCUACUCCCCCACCCCUGUCUCCUUCCUCUGUCCCAAAAUGUAACUGAAAGUGAGUAUGUGGUCACACAGAGCUAUAGCAGUGAUUGUGUGGUGUUACAAAUGAACUGCUCUUUCUGAGAAGUUUCAACCUGAAGGAAGAACUCCUGUUAAAUCCACACCAGUAGUAGCAUUCUACCUCUAAAGAAGAGAUUUUUGGUAGCAGGGCUUGAAAAUAAACUAGAAUAGGAAAUCUAUUCCAGAUGCUGUUUUCCCUUGUAAUGCAAGUGUUUCUAAGGGUACCAGAGAUGUGAAAUAUGUGAUACUUAGGAACAGUGAUUUUAUUUAAAAUUUUCUUACGGUGAUAAUGCUUAAAGUAAAACAAUAACCAACCAGUAAAGGCUCCACGAUAGGGAAUCAAAUCAACUCUGGGUUCUUUCCUCGAGAUGGCAGUGUUGUGGAUAGUGAGUUUUUAAUGCCCUGGCAAUGGCUACGUGUGACACUUUAGAAAAAAAAUAAAUAUAUUUAAUAAUUUUUGUUUCUCCUUAGGAAUAAGACUUUAGAACUAUUUUGUACUGUGAAUUACAGAUGCUCUUUGAAGGAAAGAAAUAUCCAUUCUAAUGUUCUUCAGAAGCUCUGGCAGGGAUAAGCAGGACAUCGACUGGAACAUAUGCUAAAUGAAACCAGACAAAUUCUAUUUUCUUACCUGAGCAAAUAUUUUAUUGAAACUGCUUAUGUAUGUCAAAGGAGCCCACAACUUCAGCUAUACACCUUUUUGUAUUGAAAGAACUCAUACUUUUUGUAGCUUUUAUUCCACAUUUAAUUUAAAAUGGCUUUGUAGCUCUAAAAUGCCUAGCAGAAGAUGACUCCAGACCUUUAAGGAAAUGUUUAGUUUUUAUGAAAAAAAGACACUACAGUGGUUAAUCGUCUCGUAUAUUCAGUGCUUCUGGCCCUAAUAGCACCACUGGACAACACCACAACCACAUGGAAACAUUAUUUUUGGAAGCAAAACUUUAAUUUUAUAUGACAUAUACUAUGGAGAGCUAAGAAAAUUUUAGGACUACUCGUUUUCUAUUUUUUUUUUUCUUCUUACCAAAAUGGAAUCCACUGUGUUGAAGACUCUUGAUAUGUGCUUGUCUAACCAUUUUUUAUAAAUUAGAAUAAAAUCUAGUGUGAUCAUGGUCAUCAAAUGGAUUUUUUUGGAAAGUUAAAUCUUGAAUUUUUUUUUUUUUAAUCAGGGUAACUAUAAACUUGACUGAAUAAUUCAACUUUUCAUUAGGUCAUUUUGUUCUUGGCUAUAAUACUUGUGAUCCAUGGAGAAUUACAUUGACUAACAGUAUGAAUUCCAUAUGCAUUUUAUUUCCCAAUGAAUUGUGUAAACUUUAUUUUUGUUGAAGGUUGUAUGUUAAAUCAAUGUUAUGUUCUUAUACCACUUCUUGAGAAGGAAGUUCCAAUUUGAAAUUGUAUCAUUUCCUUCAAAAUGAAGGGCAGUGCUUAGUUAAAUAAAAGAUUGAUGAUAUCUUUUAAGCCA